UGAAAAAGACGACCGCUGGCAGCACACGCAACAGCAUUCUGAUUUAUCAAAUAUAACAACUUCUCUGGAAUUGGGAGAUACUAUUUCUCUCCGAAGUGAAUUUAAAAUGGAUGAAAUGGAAGAAGAAUUAAAAUGUCCUGUCUGCGGAUCUUUUUUCCGGGAGCCGAUCCUUCUACCGUGCUCCCACAACAUUUGCCUGGCUUGCGCUCGGAAUAUCCUAGUGCAGACACCAGACGCCGAAUCUCCACAGAGUAGCCGUGCGUCUGGCUCGGGGCUAUCUGAUUAUGACUAUCUAGACCUGGAUAAAAUGAGCCUGUACAGCGAGGCGGACAGUGGAUACGGCUCCUAUGGUGGAUUCGUAAGUGCCCCGACCACCCCUUGCCAGAAAUCCCCAAAUGGUGUGCGUGUAUUCCCCCUGCCGUCCCCCAACCUCCUGCUCAGCACCACUUACUAGGACACCAGGGCUCUCUACCCCUAUCCCCGGAACUCCUGCAUCACCUGCCCGCAAUGCCAUCGCAGCCUCAACCUGGACGAAAGGGGGCUCCGCGGGUUUGCCAAGAACCGGGUGCUGGAAGGGGUUGUGGACCGGUACCAGCAGAGCAAAGCAGCCGCCCUCAAGUGUCAGCUCUGCGAGAAGAGUCCCAAAGAGGCCACUGUGAUGUGCGAGCAAUGUGACGUGUUCUACUGUGACCCUUGUCGCUUGAGGUGCCACCCCCCUCGAGGUCCGCUAGCCAAGCAUCGCCUCGUGCCCCCGGCGCACGGCCGGGUAAACCGUCGGACAAGUCCCCGGAAGAUCUCUACCUGUACAGAGCACGAACUGGAGAACCUGAGCAUGUACUGUGUUCAGUGCAAGAUGCCGGUGUGUUACCAGUGUUUAGAGGAAGGGAAACAUGGGGCACAUGAAGUCAAGGCUCUGGGAGCUAUGUGGAAACUACACAAGGGCCAGCUGUCCCAGGCCCUCAACAUCCUGUCUGACAGAGCUACGGAGGCCAAGGAGUUCCUGGUUCAGCUGAGGAACAUGGUGCAGCACAUCCAGCCCGCUGAUGGUCCAGGGAGACCCUUACUAGUGACAUCAGGGUGGGGAACACUGAAGGAGAACGGUGUGGAGUUCGAAGCCUGUCUGGUGGCGCAGUGUGACGCCCUCAUCGACGCCCUGAACCGACGCAAGGCCCAGCUGCUGACCCGCGUCAACAAGGAGCAUGAGCACAAGCUGAAGGUGGUGAGGGAUCAAAUAUCUCAUUGUACAGUGAAGCUGCGCCAGACAACAGGCCUGAUGGAAUACUGUGUGGAGGUCAUCAAGGAGAACGACCCCAGCGGGUUCCUACAGAUCUCAGACGCCCUGAUCAGGAGGGUGCACAUGACGGAGGGCCAGUGGGGGAAGGGAACCCUGACCCCCAGGAUGACCAGUGACUUUGACCUGACCCUGGACAGCGGACCCCUGUUACAGACCAUCCACCAACUAGACUUUGUACAGAUGAAAGUCCCAGCAGCCCCCAUGCUCCAGCUGGAGGAGUGCUGCACCAUCAACAACAGCGCCACGUUGUCAUGGAAACAGCCACCUCUCUCCACCAUCGCCGUGGAUGGAUACAUCCUGGAGCUGGACGACGGCAACGGGGGACAGUACAGGGAAGUGUACGUGGGGACGGAGACGAUCUGCACGGUGGAUGGACUCCACUACAACAGCACCUACAUGUCCAGGGUCAAAGCCUUCAACACCAGCGGUGUGGGACAGUACAGCAAGAUACUGGCCAUGCAGACCUCUGAGAUUGCCUGGUUCACCUUUGACCCCGCGUCAGCCCACCCUGACAUCAUCCUCUCCAACGACAACCUGACAGUGACGUGCAACAGCUACGAUGACAGGGUGGUCAUGGGUAAUUCAGGCUUCUCCCGCGGUGUGCACUACUGGGAGAUCACGGUGGAUCGCUACGACAACCACCCGGACCCUGCGUUUGGGGUUGCCCGCGGCGACGUGCUGAAGGACGUGAUGCUGGGGAAAGACGACAGGGCCUGGGCCAUGUACGUGGACAACAACCGCUCCUGGUUCAUGCACAACAACUCACACACCAACAGGACGGACGGGGGCGUCAGCAAAGGGGCUACAGUGGGAGUGUUGUUAGACUUCACCAGAAGGGUCCUCAUCUUCCUCAUCAACGACGAACAGCAGGGUCCUGUGGCCUUCGAAGGCAUCGAGGGGCUCUACUACCCUGCUAUCAGCCUCAACCGAAACGUACAGGUGACCCUGCACACCGGCCUGCCCAUUCCUGACUUCUACACUCCAGGGGAAGCAGACCUGUCUGGCUCAGUGUGUUAAGGAGUUGACUCAGCACUGCAGUGAAGCAAGACAAGACAAGGGGCUACGUCCCAAAUGGCACACUAUAGCGCACCCUAAUUCCCUUCAUAGUGCACAGGGCUCAUAGAGCUCUGGUCAAACGUAGUGCAUUAUAUCGGGAAUAGGGUGCCAUUUGGGACUCAGAGAAUGGCAACAAGCUGCUCACCUUCUGGGCUCUCUAAGUGUGGAUCCCAAAUGGCACCCUAUUCCCUGUAUAGUGCACUGCCCUUAGCUAGACUCAUGCUAAAAAGUAGUCUGCUGUAUAAGGAAUAGGGUUCCGUUCAGUGCUCGUUCAACUCACAGCCAUGUACACAACACCACAUCCCUAUUCGCUAGCUUCUAUAGACCAACCAGGCCCAUUGUCAGGUGUCAGACAGCGCAACCGUCGCCUGUUGAUCGCAGGACCAGCGUUGGGUUGGAGUGACGUCAGAGUCUGACGCAAGACAAUGCUCCUGCCCUCUACAGACCACUGGACGGUCCGGACCCAUAGGCUUGACUGUACAGUACAAGAUACUCUCAAUACCCAGCCAUAUAGUUACUGUACAAACUUACUGAGCCAUCAACACCCAACUCUCAAUACCCAGCCAUACAGUUACUGUACAAACUUACUGAGCCAUCAACACCCAACUCUCAAUACCCAGCCAUACAGUUACUGUACAAACUUACUGAGCCAUCAACACCCAACUCU